GGAUUGAAGUCGUCAAGAAACAUGCUUGUUGAUGAGCAAGUGGCAAUGUUUUUACAUAUCAUCUCCCAUCACCUGAAAAAUCGAGUUAUCAAGCAUCACUUUAGAAGGUGCGGGGAAACUGUUAGUAGAGCAUUUCAUAGUGUUUUAAAUGCUGUCAUACGCUUACAAGAUAUGUUAUUUAAAAAGGCGGAACCAAUUUCAGCUGAUUCUUCUGACACAAGGUGGAAAUGGUUUAAGAAUUGCUUAGGUGCUCUUGAUGGAACCCACAUCAAGAUUAGGGUUCCAAUAGUUGAUAAACCUAGAUAUCGAACGCAAAAAUGUGACAUAGCAACAAAUAUGCUAGGUGUUUGUACACCUGAUAUGCAAUUUGUUUAUGUUCUUCCUGGUUGAGAAGAUUCAGUUGCUGAUGGACGGGUUCUUCGAGAUGCCAUUAGUAGAAGACAUGGACUAAAAGUUCCUCAUGGUAAAGUGGAUAGUUAGAGGACUUUGAAUUAUUCAUUAAGAUCAAAC